CAUGACGCUGGGUCUGUGUUGACGUGGCGUAGAUAGCUAGUUAGCUAAACAAACGUACACUCGGCUCUUUGACUAGCGAGAAGGAUGGCUUAGCUCAAACCGGUGAAUUCAUCCGACUGUAUCAGGAAGAAAAUGACUGGAAGAAACCAAUAUAAUGGCUUCCAGUCAGCUACGACGAUGCAGCCUGUAACUGGAGGUCACACUUAUAUCUUCGGGAACAAUUCCGAGACGGAGUGCUCUGAGGAGGAUGGCGAGAGCUACGAGCUCCGCUCCAGAGGCAGGGACAGGCACCGGCGCAGUACCUCCAGAGAGAGAAAGGAUGACAUUGUAUACGUGAUGAGGGACGUCAAGGAGGGAGACACGCUGAUUAGCAUUUCGCUGCAGUAUUUCUGCUCUGUCGCUGAUCUAAAGAGGGCUAACAAUCUCCUGACAGAGCAGGACUUCUUCGCCUUGAGGUCCAUCAAAAUCCCUGUGAAGAAGUUUAGCUUGUUCACGGAAACACACAGCACGGCUCCGCACAAAUCCAGCUCUCCCAGCGGUGUUCGCAGAGUCCCAGAGAUCCCUCCGAGCACAGGAUCCGCGGACUCCUCUCCCUCUUCUUCCUCCUCCACCGACAGUGUGGAGUGCUUCCUGCAGGAGAAGGACAAGGACAUUGAGCUUCUAGUCAAAUACACCAACCCGUCCAGAAGCAGUCUGAGCGAGGUGGUGUCCUCGCUGAACUCCCAGCAGCCUGUACAGGGUGAGGCAGAGCGUAGGCCCGCAGGAAAGAAGGAUCCUUACUACGGAGCGGACUGGGGUAUGAGGUGGUGGACUGCGGUUGCCAUUAUGCUCGUGGUGGGCAUCAUCACACCGGUGUUUUACCUACUAUACUAUGAGGUGCUGAUGAAAGCGGACGUUAGCCACCACACUACUACAGAGUCUAUCAGGCCCGAGCCUACGCUCCCAAACUUUGCUGAUGCGCCUGGUCUGCCCGAAGCUCAGGCUGUUCCUCACCAAGAUUCCCUCAUACAUCCAGUUGUUGAACAUCCAGCAUCUGUUCUGGGACAGGAACAGAAAACAUAGGAGGAUGACGUGGACCAGCAUGUUAGUUUUGAUGACUUUUUUUCUUAAGGACUUGUACACAAAACCACUUUUGAAUUGAUAAAAGUUUAACUUUAAAGGGACAUGUUCAAUAUUUUUGAACCAUUCACUAUGGAGGAGGCAGUGAUUUUGUGAACAAGUGCUUGACAUGCAGAUAUCAAGGCUAAGAUUAAAAGUGUAUCCUCUGUGAGAUAUAUGGAUGCACAGUAAUGCCUUCUUGGUAUUGGCAUAUUGUUUAAACAACUAGUUUCAGGUUAAGUUUCAACAGAUUUGAACGUUAAUCGGUUCAGUUAAGCUGACUGGUUUAAUUGGUCAAUGCCUUUAUCACAAUCAACUCUUAAAGUAAAUCUAUGAUUAGACUAAACAAGCUGAAGAUGAUAAUUAUCAACUCCACCAUUUUCAUAUUACUGUACGUCUGUCCUGUUCUGAAUUGCCUGGGUGUUUGGUUCAAAUCUAUUGAAUUCAUCCUUUCACAUGAAAUGAAUAUACAUUCUGUGAUACAAAUCUGAAGCUGCCAUGCCAUAACUGCACUUAAUUGUGCAUUAGUGGUGCCAUUGGAACUGCUCCGGCACGGAGCGUGAACACUCUGACUCAGUCCUUUAGGCAAUUUCUGUCAUGCGUUUUGCACAGUUUUUACCCCAUGUGUGACAAAACCAUAAUAAACAUAAUCUUUGCCUCAGCAUUGAGCCCAAACGUGUAUUCAGAAUGUCACAGGGAUGACUCGUGUCCCUUUUGUCAGGGAUGUACACACUAAUUUAUUCUAGAAAAUAAGUGUAAUUGCAAAAACAGUAUUGAUGGUGAUACUUUCUUUUUAACUUUGCUUGAAAGGUCUGUUUGCCAACUACAAUGCUGAAAUCUUUAACUCUUGAAGUGAUGUGAACUGUAUAAUACUUGUGAAAAAUUCACGUUGUACUCUCUUUAACCAUGACCAUUUUUGUUAAAGGAUGAAUUUCAGCGGUAUGUGCCUUCGGCCUGUAGAAUGUAGUUGCAGGUUGAAAAUAAAUGAAUUAUAUUUUAUUA